UGCCAGAUAACGAUGGUAAUCAAUCGGAGGAAAUAGAAACCCAGCCAGAAACUCAAACUGCUGCCAACCAGACAAGUAAACAAAAGAAAAAGAAGAAGAAGAAAAGGAAAGGAAAAGAGAAAGAGGUUACUGAGAAUGCUGAUGACAUAGCAAAAGAUGGUGAAGAUGAAAUUGAUGCAAGUAUACGAGAAGUUAACAGAAUUUUAAAUAAUGGGAAUAUAGGAGAAGGGGAGUUAACUGCUGCCUCAGAUACCACUUAUAUAUCAAACAAUAAAGCACUGCUUAUGGUAGAACACAAACACCUGAAUCCUGAAAAUGAAUUGAAAAGAAUUUUUGGUUCUCGUACAAUACGUGAAGAAGGCUCAAGAAGACGUGGUCAGACGAGGCGUCGUCAGAAAGUGUCCUGGAUGGCUCAACCUACAGAUAGCUGGCCACCUAUUGGUAAAACAGGAUUGUCAAUGCAGUUGAAGGACACUAAAGAAGGCUGCCAGUACUUUCUGUUUGAACACAGUCAACAGUACCAGAAGGUGCAGUUUGAAUUCUAUGAUGCAGUAGAAUCUCUUAACCCACAAAAUAUUGGGAAUAUUCUACAACUACAACCCUACCAUAUUGAUGCAUUGAUACAGUUAAGUGAAGUGUUUCGCAUGAGUGAAGAUCAUAAUAUGGCUGCUGAAAUGAUUGAACGGGCUCUCUUCUCAAUGGAAAUGUCAUUCCAUCCUCUGUUUAAUAUGACAUUAGGAACUUGUAGAUUAGAGUAUAAGUACAGGGAAAAUAGAUCAUUAUACCUUGCCUUAUUUAAACAUAUUGGGUCCAUGGGACAAAGAGGGUGCAAUAGGACAGCUCUUGAAUUUACUAAAUUUCUUUUAAGUUUGGAUCCGGACAAUGACCCUCUAUGUGCUUUACUGUUGAUAGAUUUCUAUGCUAUACGAUGUGGGGAGUAUGAAUUUCUAGUCAGACUUUACAAUGAAUGGGAGGCACACAGAAACUUGUCUCAGCUGCCAAAUUUUGCCUUCUCUAUACCGUUAGCAUACUUUCAUCAAGGGGAGACAAACAAAGCAGAUGAAAUGCUGCAAGAUAGUCUAUUGAUGUUUCCUGGUGUAUUAAGCCCCUUGCUGGACAAGUGUGGAGUGCAGGCUGACCAAUCAGCUGCCCAUGUUUAUUUUAAGGAUGCAGAAAUUAGUCAGCCUGAUGCUUUAAAGCAGUUGAUAGCACUUUAUGUAGGAAGAUGUUUCGCAUGUUGGAAGCUACCAGAGGUGAUGGAAUGGCUGGAAAGAAAUGUUAAAUCUGUGAUAGAUCAAGUAGAGAAGAAAAAUCCUCUCAUUGAAACAUAUAAACAAAGGAGACAGUCACGAUAUAAAGGUACUCCAAGGAAUAUUUACAGACAUAUACUAAUAUCAGAGAUACCCACUGCCACGGCAACCAUUCCUCAGGAUGUAGCUAGUACAGUGUUGAGUUAUGAUCCAUUACCACCUCUUGAUUCUGUACAAGCCUAUGCACGACCUUCAAGGCCAAACAGAGUACAGACUGAUGGAAAUGCUUUUUCAAUGUUUCUACGAUCUCUGAUGCCAAAUUUUAAUCCAAAUGAACCAGCACCAGAGCAAGGUGCAGCAGGAGGAGCUGAGGGGAACCAGCUAAGACAAGGUGUGGGCGCAUUAAUGGAAGCCAUGAGAGACUUGCUCCAAAAUAUCAGAAUGGCAGAACCUCAAUUAGAAAAUCAAGAUAAUGAAGAGGAAGAAAGACCACUGGAAGAAUGGGAUUAAACUGACGAAACUGGGUUUCUAACUAUCACCGGAUAAUUUGAUCUGUGGGUUUCUUUUGGGGAAUGGUUCGAGAGAUUUUUAUAUGGUCAAUGUUUUUACAUGCAAUAUUAUGAAAUGCAUAAGAUCUGUGAAAGUUGUGUUAUCACAAAAGUUGUAAUGCUUGUGGUUAACAAGAUACUAUAAUAUUGUGAGGUUAUGGUGAGUUGAGAGAAUAUGAAAGUACAGCAACUGAAGUGAAGAGCUGGGGGAAAAAAUAUGGUCAGUGAAAAGUAACUAUACUUGCAUUGAUGAGAGAUAUGGGGAUCAGGUGAUUUCAAAACUACAUUUUUAACUUGUAUCCAUUAAGAAAAUAUGUAAAACUUAUAAAAAAAGGAAUAGCACUGUAUUUGAAUAUAUUUAUCUUGAAUGAUAUACAAGAUUGACAGGAAAAAAAGCUAAAAUUUCAUUGAUAUUGUUAAUCUACAUUUAAAAGUAUAUUACAUAGUAAAGAUAAUGAUCAGAUUUUCUGUUUGUAUUAAAUUAUGAUAUGAUUACCAUGAUACUCAGACUGAGACUUUGUUUAAAGGGAAUUGGUCUAUAAUGAGACUUUGUUUAAAGGGAAUUGGUCUAUAAUGAAAGGUCUUUAGUACAAUAAAUAAUAAUGUGUAUAGUAUUUAGUAUGAUACAUGACAGUAACGCUAUGGAUGUUGUUGGUAAAUGUGAGAUCAUGAUUCGAUAUGGCAUAUAUCUUAUGUAGCAGAUGAUAAAUUGUUCUUGGACAAAAUAUUAUUAUUCAUUAUAUAAAUGUUCAUACGAAAUUAAUUAGAAUUGUAACUUUUAACAUUUUUUAAAAGAAAUAUUCAAAUGAUACAUUUCCAUUGUUAGAUGAUUUUAGUUGAAUUGUCCCACAAAUUUGUUGACCAAUCCCCUUUAAUGAGGUCAUAUGCUUAGAAGUUUGAUCUAAUAUUGGUUGGUAUACAUGCUCAGAUUUAAGAUUAAUUUCCUAGAAAUAAGAAUAAGAGGAGAUGAUGUUAGUUAAAAUGUUGACAGAUCUGUAGCAAGAUUUUUCUGAACUUUGCUAGAUUUUUUUUUACUUUGUUAGAUUUUUUUUAGCAUCUGUAAGUUAUUGAUUUUAUUAUCAGUUGUGCUUAACAUGAUAUAGGGUUGUUAUGAAAUUUAAAUUUUAUGUUUUAAUCUACUGUUAAGCUGCAUGUAGUCAGGUAUGUUUGAUUGUGUUAUUGAUUAUUAACUUGUCUGUUUCUAAGAAAAAGUUGAGCUAUUUUUAUCACAUCCGGCAUGGUCUUGUUGUUGUUUUGCAAAAUCUUCAAUGUAGCCUAUUUUUCUAACAUUUAUCAAUAUGAAACUUUGAAUACUUACUUUUUAGCAUAACAAGAUGCAGUUGUUAGACAAAGGGCAUAAUUCUAAAAGCAAUAUUUCUGGAGUUAUACCUCUUUAUAACAUUUUGACAGACUAGCGUUAAAGAUCCUGUAUGUUGUAAUAAAGGUUGUUACCACACUUAAGUGAAAUUUUAUAUAUGUAUAAUUAUGCUUCUAAAAUAAUUUUCAAACACUGAGGAAUAUGAAAAAUAUGUACUGCAAGUAUUUGUCCACAUUAUAUGUAAUCAUUAAAAUAGAUGCAUUCAGUUCUUAUUGAAAAAUUUGACUUAGACUUUAUAGAAAACAAAUUUCUAAUUUCCUCCCUUUAUUAACAUGACAUGUAAAAUUUAAUGCUGUAAUAUUUUAACAAUUACAUGUAAUGCAUUUUGGAACUUACAAUAUUGAUAAAUCUUUAUUUGAGCGUUGUAUUUAUGAUAUAAAAACAAUAGAAAAUUGAGUUACUGGAUCUUAAACACUGCAUGUGGUGCUCUUGUUAGCAUUACUGUGUCCCUUUUUGAACUUAGAAAAUUCUGCAUUUUUAAGGCUUUUGUUUACUAUCAAACACUGAGAAUAAUUUUUUUAAGAUGAUAAAAAUUUAUAACAACUCUACAGUAUGGUAAUGAAACAAAAAUGUUAUUAACCAUUAUUUAAUUUCACAUGUUUAAUAUACAUGUAUACUGCUUGCUUUAAUGGCAAAAAUGAUUUACUAUGCAAACGUUGAAAUAAACAGCUACUUG